AUGCCUGGACAUUUGGGUUUCCUUCAAGGCAAUGGAAACCACUCCGCCGCGGCCCAGGAUCUCUUCCUGCAGUCGAUGGCGGAGUGGCAUGUCGAUGUGGCGGUAUUGGCGGAGCCGUAUUGUGUCCCUCCUCAGCCACAUUGGGCUGGGGAUGAUCAGGGCUCCGUCGCUAUUUUGGUGCGGCCUGGCGCUGGCCCCCCCCUCAUACCCAGAAUGAGGGGUCCCGGGUACGUGGUGGCGGUUUGGGGGGAGUACGCCAUAAUAGGGGUCUACUUCUCCCCAAACCGUAAUUUAGCCGCCCUAGAGCAGUUCCUCGAUGCUCUAGGGCCGCUAAUUAGAAGGCUAGCCCCUCUCCCAGUAAUUGUGGCAGGGGACUUCAACGCCAAGUCCUCGGCGUGGGGUUCCCCUGUCACUGAUCCGAAGGGGAGAGAGGUGGAGGAGUGGGCUUUGGCCUCGGGACUGUCCCUUCUUAACACAGGAGCAGUCCCGACCUGCGUCCGGCGGACGGGCGGUUCAGUGGUGGACCUUUCGUUCGCCACUCCCGCCGUCGCGCGCAGGGUGGAGAGGUGGAGGGUGGUGACGGAGGUGGAGACACUCUCGGACCAUCGCUACAUACGGUUCGAGGUGUCUUCGGCCUCCGCAUCGAGUCCAGCAUCGCGCUUCGGGGGACGUAGUGAGUUCCCGCGUUGGGCUCUCUCAAAGCUCAACCGGGAACUGGCGGAGGAGGCGGCCAUCGUCGGCUGUUGGAGUCUUCCGCCCUCUGAGGGAAUGGGGGUAGACGAAUUGGCGGGCUGUUUUGGCAACGUGCUCACUAGCAUCUGCCGAGCAGCCAUGCCUAGAGUGCGGGGUCGCCCCCCACCCCGGAGGGCUGUCUACUGGUGGUCGACGGAGUUGGCUGACCUUCGCGCCGCCUGCAAUGCUGCGCGUCGCGCAUAUACUCGCAGCAGGCGGCGCCGUCCCCAGGAUGAGGAGCGCGAUGGCCGGUUGUAUAGGGUCUACCGGGCGAAAAGGGAGAUCUUGCAGCUGGCCAUCAGUCGGGCCAAGGAGCGAGCGUGGCUGGAGUUGGUGGAGGGGAUUGACAAUGACCCCUGGGGCCGACCGUAUAAAAGGGCGCGAGACAAACUUCGCGCCCAGUCGGCCCCGUUAACGCAGACACUCCAGCCACAAGAUUCGCUCCUCCGCGAAUGGCUCCACUGA